UCCGCCCGCCGCUGCCGCCGCCGCCAUGCUGCCCGCCGCGCUGCUCCGCCGCCCCGGCCUGGGCCGCCUCGUGCGGCAGGCCCGCGCCUACGCUGAGGCUGCCGCCGCCCCGGCCCCCGCCGCGGGCCCGGGACAGAUGUCCUUCACUUUCGCCUCCCCAACGCAGGUGUUCUUCAACAGCGCCAACGUCCGGCAGGUGGACGUGCCCACGCAGACGGGGGCCUUCGGCAUCCUGGCCGCACAUGUGCCCACCCUGCAGGUCCUGCGGCCGGGGCUGGUGGUCGUCCACGCUGAGGACGGCACUACCUCCAAGUACUUUGUGAGCAGCGGCUCGGUCACCGUGAACGCGGACUCCUCAGUGCAGCUCUUGGCCGAAGAGGCCGUGACACUGGACAUGUUGGACCUUGGGGCCGCCAAGGCGAACUUGGAGAAGGCGCAGUCGGAGCUGUCAGGGGCGGCGGACGAGGCCGCCAGGGCCGAGAUCCAAAUCCGCAUCGAGGCCAACGAGGCCCUGGUGAAGGCGCUGGAGUAGGCGGUGCGCGGUCCUGGCCUGCAGGGACCCCGAGGCUGGCGCUGGGUGGGGGCUGCUCUGGGUUGGCAGAACCAGCUUCUGCAGGUCUAGACUGGGUGCUGGGGGGCGUCCUUACAGAGGAGGCCGCCAGGGGGCAGCGCAGUGCCGGCGUCUGCCCCAGGAGCACCCACGGGGCCCCAUCCCCUGGCCCAAGUGGGCGGGCGUGGGGGUGAGCUCAGAGACUUUGCCCUGCCCUCGGAGGGGCUGUCACCCCGGGGGCUCUUCUCCCGUCUCCCAAGAUCCCCCAACCUGACCCACCGCUGCCACCACCCCUCCUCUCUGGCUGCCCCAUGGGACAGCCGGCCCCGGCCCGCGCCCCCAUUAAAGACCUGGGACCCGC